CUUUUCUCCUGUUCUUCUCCUUCUUCCCUUCCUUGUCCUCUGUCAGUUAUCAAUAAAAUCAAAACAGAAAGUUUCAGUCUUUCGCCAUACACAAUUUCGGAGAAAAACCGGUUCCCAGAUUUCCCUCUGCGUGCGCCACGUCACCCCUGUUCCCUUUCCCCUUGCUUUCUCGACUCAAGCCCCAUGAUGAUGGUGGUGGUGAUGAUGGAACAAUUAUUGCGGGACUGAAGUGAAAAGAUCGAUUGGUCGAACAACCAUUCAAUUCAAUGGUUCGAUCGAUUCUGGCGACUCAUCCAACUGGGUCUUCGUCUUCCGAUGCUCUCGUCAAAGUGAGCCUUAUCUUCACUACUCUCCUUCAACACUCGGUCCUUCUCUCUUUGUGAUAUAGUACCUGUUCACCUCACCCUUUUUUCGACAAUUGAGGGUAGCCACUGUGUGUGCUUUAUGUGUCCUUCCUGUUUCCUUAGUAAAAAGGUUGAUAUAUGCUAUUUAGAGUUGGUUUCUUCUUGUCUCACUCUCUCUCAGAGUCAACAUUUAAGACCUGGAGCAGGAGCUUGCAAAUUGUUUUCUCAAUAAGUUGCUUCUAGUUUAUUCAAUUUAUACAUCUUUAGAACAUCAAUUGGAUGUUUAGAUGCAAUAGCUGAAUAUGGUGCAACUGCAAUUCAGUGAUAUGGGCACCAUUGGUGGUCAGCAGAUGUGCAAAUAGGACCAACUCUGUUUGGUGGUAUUCUUCUUAUUGAAUUCGUCACUAAGCAAUUGGUGAUGAAUAUGAUGAAAAUUUGGCAGAAGAUUAAUUUUGGGAUCAUUAUGUCUCAACAACAGGGGCUGACUGGCUGAGGGCGGACAAUUUACAAUUUUGAUUCUGAGUUUAGCAUAGAGCUGGAGGGAGUUUUUCCUGAAUUAGCAUUGUCCAAAUGGCUCCAGGAGGCACCACCUGCAAGGAAGAGAUAACAUUUACGGAUUGUGAUACAAUGACAUUCAGUGCCGACUCGAGCGCCCCUUUUAGAAAAGCAGCCCCUCUGUCAGGUGGAAGUCUUGGGACAUCAACUGGCAAUGUGCAGGACUUACUAGAAUGUCCUGUCUGCAUGAAUCUCAUUUACCCUCCAAUUUACCAGUGUCCCAAUGGUCAUACACUAUGCGAGAAAUGCAAAGCAAGAGUCCGUAACUCAUGCCCUACUUGUCGUGGGGAACUUGGAAACAUAAGGUGCUUGGCACUCGAGAGAGUUGCCGAGUCGCUGGAAGUUCCUUGCAAGUACCAGCAUUUUGGCUGUUAUGAGAUAUUUCCUUACUAUAGCAAGCAAAGCCAUGAAAAGAGCUGCAAAUACCGUCCCUAUGGCUGCCCUUAUGCUGGAGCUGAAUGUUCUGUCACUGGAGACAUCCCACAGCUCGUCAUGCACCUCAAGAAUGAUCACAAGGUUGACAUGCAUGAUGGGUGUACCUUCAAUCAUAGAUAUGUGAAGUCCAAUCCCCAAGAAAUUGACAAUGCUACAUGGAUGUUAACUGUCUUCAAUUGCUUUGGCCGGCAGUUCUGCUUACACUUUGAGGCUUUUCGACUGGGGAUGGCACCAGUUUACAUGGCUUUCCUGAGAUUCAUGGGCACUGAAGAUGAGGCAAGACAGUUUAGUUACACCUUAGAAGUCGGUGGGAAUGGCAGAAAGCUGAUAUGGCAAGGAAUACCGAGGAGCAUCCGGGAUAGCCAUAAGAAAGUUCGAGACAGCCAGGACGGAUUAAUCAUUCAGAGAAACUUGGCACUCUUCUUCUCUGGUGGGGAUAGACAAGAGCUAAAGCUUAAGCGCAACAUUGCCUUCGCUGCUGCCUGCUGCAUUGUCAUGCAAACAAAGAGAUCAAGAUUUUGGUGGCUGGACCAUUCGGGAAGUGAAGAAUAUAAGCUUAAGACAGGGAAAAAGGCGGUGAUGUAG